AUGUCGGGCUUCCCACGGUCGCCGAGUGCCCGAAUGAGAACACGCAGCGAGGACGCGUGCUUGACUGGACUCCGCCCCGCUGUCAGGUCCUCUCUUGUCCACCGCCAGACCCAUUGCCACCGGGUUUCGACUACGACAACGAGAGCCAGACCUAUGCUUGCGCGAACGGCUACGCAGGAAGGCCCAGCGUCACCUGUCGCGGUGGUGCCGCGCCGUGGUGCGAGGUGGUGGUGGCAGUUGCCAAGCUGCAGAGAAGUGGAACCAGGAGGAACCGAGGCUCCCUCCACUCCACCUUAG